GUUUCCUAAAGAAAAAAAAACAGUGCAAAUUUUAAAAUCUCAAUAUUAAUAAAUUUUUUUAUACACUGUAAUAAAAAUGUUUUCUUAUGUUUUUUAGAUUCCUGGCGACAGGUGAUUCAUAUAGAACAAUUGGAUACAGUUUUUGUUUAGGAGAAAGAACUGUCUCAAAAAUUGUUCACGAAGUUUGUUCAUCGCUCUGGUCCCAAUUACAACCAACAUUCCUGAAAAUGCCCGACGAGAAGUCUUGGAACGUGUAUGAAUUGGAAUUUAGAGAGCGAUGGCAAUUUCCAAAAUGUGUCGGUGCUAUAGACGGCAAACAUGUGAUUAUAAAAGCUCCACCGAAUUCUGGUUCAUCAUAUUUUAACUACAAGAAAACUUUUUCUGUAGUAUUGAUGGCCAUAGCAAGUGCCAAUUAUCAAUUGAUAGCCGUCGACAUUGGGUCAGCAGGCAGAUUUAGUGACGGAGGAAUAUUUGCCAAUAGUCCUAUUGGACGUAGGUUAAAAACAAAUUCAUUUCAUUUACCCGAAUCUAGUCCUAUGGAAAAUUAUAAUGAUAUAAAUUUUCCAUUUGUAAUAGUUGGAGAUGAAGCAUUUCCGCUUAUGGUAAAUCUAAUGAGACCAUUUCCAAGACGUUCUUUAAAUAAAGAAAAUCGUGUUUUCAAUUAUCGCCUGAGCAGAGCUAGACGAGUUAUAGAAAAUACGUUUGGUAUAUUGGCAGCAAGAUUUCGAAUUUAUAAACGUCCAUUAGAAUGCAAAUUAGAAAGUAUAGAUAGCAUAAUCAAAGCCACUUGUAUUCUCCAUAAUUAUUUAGGCACUAGGGAGGGGAGAUGCCCUAAUAUAAAUGAGGAACUAUUGGAAAAAGGCAACUCUAACAAUCAGUGGUUGCCAUUAGCACAUAGAGGAUCAAGAGCAACGACUGAAUCUUUUGUUAUAAGGCAGAAUUUUUGUAACUAUUUUAACUCUAACAUAGGCAGGAUUCCGUGGCGGGAUAAAAUUGUAUAAAUAAAAUUUUGUAUUUAUAAAUAAAAAGGCAAAGUAAAUAAAAAUAUG